UUUUUUUGAAAGUUUUGGGAGCAUGGCGUCUAUGCAGAAGGAUAUAGAGAGUUAUAAGAAGUUGUUGAAGGGCCUGAAAGGAGGUGCUGGAGAGGAUUUGUAUGGGCAUUUGGUUGAGGUGUUUGGACAUCUGAUGAGGCAUUACCCUCAAGAAGCGCUAGAUAAGAUUGAGGAGGUGUCAUACUUAUGUAAAAAUAAGCAGGAGGUUAAUAUAGAGGAGUUUUUGAAAAUUACUGAGGAGAUUAGGUUCAAGACUGGCUCUGAAGCUAAUGCUGAGUACUCCUUUAAGGCAGGCAAGCUUUUUGAAGCUCCUGUGCUUGAAGAGGAUGAAGAGCCACCAGAAAAAGCUCCAGUCGGUAAUGUUCCUGAUCUUCUUACAACUGGAAGGAUCUUCGAAUGGGCUGGAAUUACUUUUGGAGAUAAGGAAUAUUUCUUACUUCAAAAAUCCUUAGCGAAGCUUGCAGAAAAAUCGGGUGCCACAAAAGUUAGGUUUUGGGGUAAGAUCUAUGGUACACAGAAGGAUUAUUACAUUGCAGAAGGCGUUAAAGAUGCUGAAGAAGAGGGAGAAGGCGACGAAGAAAAACCUACUGAUUUCGAACCAAGAGGCACUGGAGUCAACCAAUUCUGUUACUGGGUUGCUCAUGAUGCUCUUAGUGAAUGGACUCAGCUACCAGAUUUAUUCCCAAAAUACUUGAAGACUUCAAGAAACAUAAAAAUUUCUUUCGCAGGUGAUUUAGAGAAGGACAUUAUUACAAAUCCCUUCUUUCAUGGAAAAGAGAAGCAUUAUCUCAGGGCUCAGAUUGCUAGGAUCCAUCAUGGAACGACUCUUGUCCCAAAAGGAUUGUAUAGACCUACUGAGGACGAUGCGAAGGAAAUAGAGGCAGAUGAGCCAGAGGAUGAAGAGAAUAAAUACACUCCUCAAACUGAGAACCAAAUCUUGCUCUCAAACUGGAGUCACUAUCCAAAGGGUAUCCUGCAAAAUUGCAGGACCCAACAUAUGGAUCCUGAGCCUGAGGAAGAUGAUGAAAGGGAUCCUGAGGAUAUUCUCAAAGAAAUUGAAGCCAAAGAUCCCUAUGAUGCUAGACUCAAGUUUAUCUCAGAGGAUAAUGAAAUAGAACAUGGAUUCCCAGCUUGGAACAUCAGACUUCAUGGAGACAAAGAAAGACAGAAGACUAUCAGAGGUAAAACAGAACAUAAUGGAACUGUUGUACUAAAAUCAAACAGAUGGCCUGGAUCAGUUACUGUAUGGAAAGGAGUGAACUGGCACCAAAUUUAUGUAGGUAAUGGUCACAAAUACGAAAUGAAAAAUUAUUUCCCAACACAUCCUCCCUACAUCCCAGUUGAUCCAGAAGAUAUUGAGGAACAUCCAGAGCCUAACCCACAAGAAGUGGAAGCCCCUCCUGCUAAAGAAGGCGAGGGAGAAGGAGAAGGUGAUAAGGAAGGAGAAAAUAAUGAUGAAUAA